GUUACGGUCACACUGGCGACGAGACGGAGUGGAGUGGUUUGUGUGUCAUCCGCGUUGCGUUAAUUAUUUUCUUAAUUCAAACGAAUCUCUUUUGAAGUGGGCGUGAUCUAGUGAACCUGUAAUCCCUGGUCAUAAGUCUAAAAUAUUUAAAACCGUUGAAUAACAAGCGCAUAAUUGCAAAAUAAAUUUUCAACACCGCGGACGCUUUGCCAUAAAUCAACAGCUUUUUAUGGUGGUUUUUCUAGUGGAAAAGUGCAUUUAGUGACACAUUUCUCGGAAAUCAUAUAUAAAUGUGUUUAUAAAUUCAUUCCGUAGAAGUUUUAGCCGAACGCCUUAAAGAUGAGGCCGCCCAGGAGUAAUUCGAAAACAGAAUUUUCUUCGCUUCAGUUUGGACUAUUAUGCCUCUUAUUGCUGGUCAAUAAUGGUAUUAAAUCAGUGGAAGCAGACGCCUUUUCGGAUUAUUUCUCCGACUAUGAGUGCAACCAGCCGCUCCUUGAAAGAGCCGUCCUUACGGCAACAUCAGCAUUACCCGAAAGAGGACCCAAUAAUGCGCGCUUAAACGCUGGCACCUCGUGGUCCGCGAAGAACUCGGACUUCGACCAGCGUCUGAUUAUUGACCUGGGCGUGGUGCGGAACGUGACGCACAUUGCCCUGCAAGGACGACCCCAUAGCAAUGAGUACGUCACCGAGUAUACCAUUAGCUAUGGCAUAACCGAUCUAGAGUUUGCCGACUAUAAAGAGCCGGGCGGCAAUGUCAAGAUGUUCAAGGGUAACUCCGAUGGCAAUUCCAUUCACUACAACGUCUUCGAGGUGCCCAUCAUAGCUCAGUGGGUGAGAAUUAAUCCUACCAGGUGGCACGAUCGUAUUUCAAUGCGUGUGGAGCUCUAUGGGUGUGAUUACAUCUCCGAGAACCUGUACUUCAAUGGCACUGGCUUGGUGCGUUAUGAUCUAAAACGAGAGCACAUUACCUCCACCAAGGAGUCCAUUAGAUUCCGCUUCAAGACGGCUUUUGCCAAUGGAGUGAUGAUGUACUCACGUGGCACCCAAGGCGAUUACUAUGCUUUGCAGUUAAAGGACAACAAGAUGGUUCUUAAUCUGGAUCUGGGAUCGCGGGUGAUGACUUCCUUGUCGGUCGGCAGUCUGCUGGAUGACAAUGUGUGGCACGAUGUGGUGAUCUCUAGAAACCAGCGAGAUAUUAUCUUUUCGGUAGAUCGUGUCAUCGUACGAGGACGUAUUAAGGGCGAAUUCACUCGACUUAAUCUUAAUCGGGAGCUGUAUCUUGGAGGUGUGCCCAAUGUUCAGGAGGGACUGAUCGUCCAACAGAAUUUCUCUGGUUGCUUAGAAAACAUCUACUUUAAUUCCACCAACUUUAUUCGACUAAUGAAAGACAGUACCGAGUUGGGUGAAGGAUAUCUCUUCACCAAGGUGAACACUAUCUACGCGUGUCCCUCGCCUCCAAUUUACCCGGUUACCUUUACUACCCGCUCAUCGUUCGUCCGUUUGAAGGGCUAUGAAAAUUCUCAACGCAUGAACGUAUCCUUCUAUUUCCGUACCUACGAGGAAACCGGAGUAAUGCUGCACCAUGACUUCUAUUCGGGAGGUUAUAUUAAGGUCUUUUUGGAGUAUGGUAAAGUGAAGAUUGAUCUAAAAGCCAAGGACAAAGCACGAAUCAUUCUGGACAACUACGACGAUCAGUUCAACGACGGCAAAUGGCAUUCGUUUGUUAUUUCUAUCGAAAAGAAUCGUUUAAUUCUGAAUAUUGACCAGCGGCCGAUGACCACAACCAAGAGCCUACAGAUUGCCACUGGAGCGCAGUACUAUAUAGCUGGCGGAAAGGACAAAAACGGAUUCGUUGGCUGCAUGCGGUUAAUUUCGGUGGAUGGAAACUAUAAACUGCCGCAGGAUUGGGUUAAGGGUCAGGAGGUUUGCUGUGACGAUGAUGUGGUCGUGGAUGCCUGCCAGAUGAUAGAUCGCUGCAAUCCGAAUCCAUGCCAGCACAAGGGCCUUUGUCACCAAAACUCAAGGGAGUUCUUCUGUGAUUGCGGGCAAACUGGGUAUGCCGGUGCCGUUUGUCAUACUUCUAACAAUCCAUUAUCCUGCCUGGCUCUCAAAAAUGUCCAGCAUGUGCAGCAGCGUGUCAACCUGAAUCUCGACGUGGAUGGCAGUGGUCCGCUGGAGCCUUUCCCAGUAACCUGUGAAUUCUACUCCGAUGGACGAGUGAUAACCACCCUAAGUCACAGUCAAGAGCACACAACAACUGUGGACGGAUUCCAGGAGCCGGGUUCCUUUGAACAGUCCAUCAUGUACGAUGCCAAUCAACUGCAAAUCGAAGCUCUUCUAAAUCGCUCGCAUAGCUGCUGGCAGCGCCUUAGCUACUCCUGCCGUUCCUCUCGACUCUUCAAUUCGCCUUCUGAGGCAGGAAACUUCCGUCCGUUUUCAUGGUGGAUCUCUCGUCACAACCAACCAAUGGACUAUUGGGCUGGAGCUCUUCCAGGAUCUCGUAAGUGCGAGUGUGGAAUUCUGGGCAAGUGCCACGAUCCCACAAAGUGGUGUAACUGCGAUUCAAAUAGUCUGGAAUGGAUGGAGGAUGGUGGUGAUAUUCGGGAAAAGGAGUAUCUUCCCGUGCGUGCUGUUAAGUUUGGUGAUACUGGAACGCCGUUGGAUGAGAAAAUGGGUCGAUACACUUUAGGACCGCUGCGAUGCGAGGGCGAUGAUCUCUUUAGUAAUGUGGUUACCUUCCGCAUUGCCGAUGCUUCGAUAAACUUGCCACCUUUCGAUAUGGGUCACUCUGGUGAUAUUUAUCUGGAAUUCCGUACUACACAAGAGAACGCUGUGCUUUUCCAUGCCACUGGACCCACGGAUUACAUCAAGCUGAGUUUAAAUGGCGGCAACAAGCUGCAAUUCCAGUAUCAAGCCGGCAGCGGUCCACUGGGUGUAAAUGUGGGUACCAGCUAUCAUUUGAACGACAACAACUGGCAUACGGUUAGUGUUGAGCGCAACAGGAAGGAGGCUCGCCUGGUGGUGGAUGGCUCUAUCAAGGCCGAGGUAAGGGAACCGCCAGGUCCAGUCCGUGCUCUACAUUUAACAUCGGAUCUGGUCAUUGGCGCCACCACUGAGUACCGCGAUGGUUACGUAGGAUGCAUUCGUGCUUUGUUACUCAACGGAAAGAUGGUUGAUCUGAAGGAUUACUCCAAGCGUGGUUUAUACGGCAUCAGCACUGGCUGCGUGGGUCGUUGUGAGUCAAGUCCUUGCCUGAACAAUGGCACUUGUAUCGAACGAUACGAUGGCUAUAGCUGCGACUGCCGUUGGAGCGCCUUCAAAGGACCCAUAUGCGCAGAUGAAAUUGGUGUCAAUUUGCGCUCAAGUUCGAUUAUUCGCUACGAGUUUGAGGGCUCCUUCCGUUCGACGAUUGCGGAGAAUAUUCGCGUUGGAUUCACCACCACCAUUCCCAAGGGUUUCCUUCUUGGCUUCUCUUCUAACUUAACUGGCGAAUAUCUAACCAUACAGAUAUCAAAUUCAGGUCACUUGCGUUGCGUAUUUGAUUUUGGCUUCGAGAGACAGGAAAUCAUAUUCCCUAAAAAACAUUUUGGACUUGGUCAGUACCAUGACAUGCAUUUCAUGCGUAAAAACGGCGGAUCCACAGUGGUCUUAAAGGUCGACAAUUAUGAGCCUGUCGAGUAUAACUUUGACAUCAAGGCUUCAGCGGAUGCCCAGUUCAAUAAUAUCCAGUACAUGUACAUAGGCAAAAAUGAAUCUAUGAACGAUGGUUUCGUGGGUUGUGUUUCGCGAGUUCAGUUCGAUGAUAUCUAUCCCCUGAAGCUGAUGUUCCAGCAGAACCCACCCAAGAAUGUCAAGUCUUUGGGCACCCAAUUGACGGAAGAUUUCUGCGGAGUCGAACCAGUAACGCAUCCGCCCAUUGAAAUUGAGACUAGGCCUCCGCCUUUGGUGGAUGAGGAAAAAUUGCGCAAGGCAUACAACGAAGUGGACUCUGUGCUGCUGGCAUGUCUGCUGGUGAUUCUCUUCCUGCUACUGAUCCUUAUGUUCUUCCUAAUCGGUCGCUAUUUGCACCGGCACAAAGGCGACUAUUUGACGCACGAGGAUCAAGGUGCCGAUGGAGCCGACGAUCCCGAUGAUGCUGUACUGCACUCCACUACUGGCCAUCAAGUCAGGAAGCGAACAGAGAUCUUUAUCUAAACAAUUCGCAAGAAUAAGCACACAAAUCGUUUUUAAAUCGCCUUAGACACGCAACAGCGACGACAUAGACUCACCAAAAAAAAAAAGAUGAAUACAAAACGAAAAUCAAACGAAAUCGGAAAAGGCUCACAAAAUAUCACAGACAGAAAAAUAUUCAACUUUUCCAGGCACUGCCAAUUGUUUUGCGCAAGUGAUUGCUAAGAUUUGAUUUAUAAUUGGUUGGCUAAAUUUUGUAAUGUUUUUUGUUUUUGUAAUAUUUUUUGGUUCUGUCUGACGGCAUUUCACCUUAUAUUACUUUUGAAAUCACUUAAUAGUUACCAAAUACCGUCCAUUUUUAGUUAAUUUUAUAAACAUUUUGUUUUCAAAAUUAAGUUAAAAACUUAUUCUAGGUUUAUGCCCGAGCGGCUGACCGAAAUCCGCCGCCAAUUAUAUGUAUUUUUAUCGCUCGACUAUGUAAGGACAAACAUUCCAUUAUUAUAAAUAUGUUUUUCUCGCUAUACGUUUAA